AUGGAAUUCAAGCUGGAGGCGCCUUCCAUGGAGGCUGAAGGCACCAUCAACAACCUAUUUAAGAAAAUAUUUUAUUAUAUCAGGCCUGGUGUUACUGCUGGUAAAGAAGCUGGAAUGCUAGUGGUUGCUGUACCAUCUAUUCCAAAACAAGGUGGAUUGUACAAUUCAGCAGAUGAGGUGAUCAAUUCUCUACUUGAUCUGCAUCUUGAGAAAUGGGGCUUACCUCCCUUUGACGACUGGGUUGAAGAUACUUUACCAAUUGAGCCAUGCUACAUUGGGGGACCUGUUGUCAAGGGAUUUGGUCGAGGUUCAAAGAUUUUAGGAAUACCAACAGCUAAUUUACCUGCAGAGAACUUUUCUUCUGUACUUUCUGAACACACUUCAGGUGUGUACUUUGGCUGGGCUGGAUUGUCCAGUCAGGGUAUCUUCAAGAUGGUCAUGAGCAUUGGAUGGAAUCCUUACUUCGAUAACGCUGAAAAGACAGUAGAACCUUGGUUGCUUCAUGACUUUGGUGAGGACUUUUAUGGCGAGGAGCUUCGCCUGGCAAUUGUGGGUUAUAUUAGGCCAGAGGCAAACUUUCCGACACUUGAGAGCUUGAUAGCAAGGAUUCACGAGGACGGAAGAAUCGCAGAGAGAGCCUUGGACCUUCCCAUAUAUGCAGGUUAUAAGGAUUCACCAUACUUGAAAAUUUCUUGCAACGAAGUUAUCACUGGCAGACCAGUCUAAAACCUUGUUUUCCUUGAGAAAGACAGGAUAUACUUCUCUAAUUUGAGAUCUCAAGCGAGGUGAAUCUCGCAGAUUGUGUAAUUUGCAUUGGAACUCUAUGACCUCUUCUCGGGUCUAACAGAUGCAACUUCUGUUCUUAUUUUAUAAACUUCAAUACUAUAUGGUCCAUCGUUUAUCCCC